CAAUGAAAUCAACGUAACGAAGGCGUCGUCGCAGGCUAAGAUCGCGGCAGAAACGAAGCCUACCAAGCAGGUCAAGGAAACCGAAAAGUCUGCUAAAGCCAAGGACAACUCUACUAAGACUAAGACCAAGAAGACGAAAGAUGACAAGAAAGAAGAACUCGCUGAGAUUAAGACAAAAGAGGAUGAUUUAUUCAAGGCAGAGAAAAGAUCACAGGAACCAUCCCCAUCCAAGAACAAGAAAGAAGAUAAAUCAAACAAGAAGGACUUGGAAAAAGAAAAAAAGGAGUGGAUCAAAGAAGGAUUUACGAUCGUGAAGGGUUCAGAGAAAAGUUCCAGCAAGGAUAAUAAGAAGAAGGCUGAGGAAGCCCGCAUCGCAGAGGAGGCGGAGCGUAAGAGGAAAGAAGAAGAAAAGUUUACUGCCGACGAAGAUAAGAAGAAAAAACAGGCUGAGACAGUAAAAAAACAACAGGAGCAACAGAUCCAACUGCAGCAACAACAGCAGCGUCAGGUGUCAGAAUCUGUUGUGAAGAAAGCUCCGUGGUCAGCUGUUUCCAACCAAGCGAUGCAGGCCACAAACCGGGACGGGCUCACGCUCGCCGAGAUACAGCGGCUUGAACGCGAGAAGAAGUUAGAACAGAUGAAGGAACAGCAGCAGAUGAUGCAGAUCAUCGCACAACAGCAAGCCGCGGCAUUGGCUAGGGAACAGGAAAUGCAAGCAGGUUUGGGUUGGGCAAAGAAGAAGGGUUCCAACCAAACUCAAGCUCCGACUUUAACUGAGAUUCAGGCUGAGACGCGCAAGCAAGCAGCUGUGGCGGCAGCGGUCGCCGCAGCCACCAAAAUGAUUGAAGAAGCAGACUCUCCGCAGCCGCAGAUAAACCAUGCUCCUUGGGCCAACACUCACAACGGAGGUAGAGGUUUUUGGGAUACACCCCCGAACCAGUCAUCUAAGGACAAGCAACAGGACUCGCAGAAGUCAUCUGAGGCCAAAAGUAAGAAGAAGCCCAACCUCGUGACCUCAUCCAAGAAGGAGAACUCUCCGGCCGUAGAGUUCGAAACUUGGUGCACUGGAGUGCUUACUUCGUGGAGCUCUAAAAUUGAUGUGCCGACUUUCGUUGGUUUCCUGAAGGAUAUUGAAUCACCAUAUGAAAUAAAGGACUAUGUCAAAUGCUACCUGGGUGAAUCGAAGGAAUCUAAUGAUUUUGCUCGCCAGUUUCUAGAAAGAAGAUCUAAGUUACUUCGCGUGGGGAUGGUGACUCCAUCAGACGACUUGUGCUCCCCAGCCAUAGCGGUGAACCCUCGCACUACCUCCGGCUCCGACUACCAGGAGGUCAAAGGGAAAGGGAAAAAAACUAAGAAGAAUAAGAUGCUGAAGGUCGACGCGCGCAUUCUGGGAUUCUCAGUGACCGCCGCAGAAGAUCGCAUCAACGUGGGCGACAUCGACACCGUGUGAGCUGUCGUCCGCGCCCCUCUCGUGUUCACUAUAACUCGCCUUGUGAUAACCCAUCGGAGAUAUAAACACUUGUGUCGACACCUACUCUUGCAACAAAGUUCGUUGAGUCGGCCGGCGGGCUCGGCGCCGCUCGAUGGUAUCCAUCGGGCACCGUGACUGAGGCUCCGUUAUCCAGUCAACAGUAAAUCUUGAACCUCGAAUCAAUAAUACUGUUCCUCCUAUUUUAAAGCAAUGACUCUAAAUAUACUCUUUAUAGUUUUAAGAAAAUCUACAGUAUUGUUGGAUCGAGGUGUGUUACUGGCUCGUCAAUUUCAUCUUAAUAUUUUUCUACACUGCGUAAUUGUUUGAACUAUGUUACCGAAUUCUCUAAUGAUAGCAAUCAAGUGUAUUUGCCAGUGUAAUAUUCUGAAUCAGCUAGUGCUAUGUUAAGCGUGCUGUAUGCGCAUCAACUUGUGAACAGUCUCUGUAGCUAGUGCAUAAUAAACCACCAAAAUAUUGUGCCUUCAGUGUGUUCUGGACUUUGGAUGAGUGUUAGAGUGUCUCCUUUUAACGUUUAUUAAGAAAGCAGUUUUCUAGUCAAUUCUCUCAAUAACAAUUGAGGACCUAGCAGCAAAACAGGAGAUUUGUCAAAUUAAUUCGUUACUCAUUUUAAGUAGACUUUUUAUGAUGUGCUGGCUCGUUUGCAAAAUGGCGGUUUCAUAUUCCCACUUAAAUUAUAGGUUUCUCACGAUGCUUUCCAAAUAUUAGAAUAACUAAAGUACAAUGUUGUCAAGAAAAAAAGUCUGGUUAAAAACGAUAUCGAAAUUAACUGCAUUUUUAAUAUUUAAAUAUCUUAAAACUAUGAAAUUACUUUAAGCUGUUUUAUUUUAUGAUAACAUAUUUUAACACGUAAGAUUAACUAUACUGCCCAACACUAUUAAAACUUGGACUUGUCCUUUGAAUGAUGCAAGGUCCUCAAUAAGUGUGUUGACCCUAAAAUGAAAUUAUAUGUACUAUCAGUCAGUCUAUUUGGUAAGCCUGUGGUAUAUAAAUUACACUCGUAUUCGGAUUGGGAGGGUUGUGGUGGGAUUGAUUUAGAUACCACAGGGAAACGCUAUUGAUGUAGUACAUUAACAAUUACUGUAAUGAUUGAUUUAACAACAAAAAUAAAGAUAUCAGAGUGAAGUAUAUAUUGCUAAUAACAUGACGUGGCAUUUUAAUCAACUGCUUUUAUUUUUUAUAAUAAUUAAUGGAUGUAAUUUAUUUAUUGAUCGAGAAACUGCUUACAUAAUGUUACUAUUCUGUGUAGCUUUAGCGUGAGGGCGAUUUUUUAUUUUCUGGCUACAAAUAUUAUGAUUUGUUUACAUGUUGUCAUGUAAUAAAGUUCAUAUCAAAUGUUAUGCAUUUUAUUACAUAAACAUAUUGUCAUUUUGUUUUUAACAUGAUUUGUAUGCCUCUAGUGCGGUGAAUUAAUACUUUACAAAAUUUAACUUUUUAAUCUGGGUUUUAAUUGAUUUGAAUGUAACAUAUUUUAGCAUGUUAUAUAGAUUUUUUAUGUCUGUUUUAUUUCGGAAACUAACGUCAAGUAAUCGCUGUAUUUUUGACAGACGGCAAUAGAAGCCCAUUUAGUAGAAGACAAUUAUGUAAAUUAUUUAUUUUUAAUCGGUCGCAUCACAAAUAUUUCGUAGUGAGAUAGUGUACAAAACAAAUGCUUGGUUGAUUGACUUUAAUUAUUUAUUAGCAAUUGCCUUCUAUUAAAUUUUGGUGGAGUAUAAUAACAAAUGAAAUAAUUUUUGAUGAAAUAUUAUAAAGUAUAGCUACGACGAUAGAAGGUAUUUACCCGAUGGGGUUGUAUAAUGUUAUGUAAAGAUUCGCACCUACUAAUAGCAUAUAGAGUACUCCUUAAAUAUGAAAUAAAAUACCUAUCUUAUUUGUCUAGGUUGUUCGACAGAUAUUUUGUAUUUAGUUUAAUGUUCGAACUACAUUAUAAGGGUUUUAAUAGUGUUUUAUGUAUAUAUAACAUUUUAAAAUAUUAUAUAAACGUUUUGUAUAUACUUUGUUUCUUAUCAAGCAUAUUUUGUAGUCAAUGUAUGAAAUUAUUAUUUUUUUAUUUUCUAUUGACUAUCCAAUAUUACCGGCUUCUGAAGGGACUGUUCUGUUUUUGGCUCCGUUAUGAUGCAACUGACACUUCCUUGGUGUACCUGGUUGACGUGGCAGCACUGGUGGCACAUAUGCUGUCCUUCAAAUUAGAGUAAAAUGACGACGUGUUUUUCUUUAUAGUUAGGCUUAAUAGUAACAUUUACAGUGUUGUGCAAUUCAUGCAUUAUAUAAUAGUGUUUAAUAUCACUUUAGAAUUAUGAAUUUGGUGACGCCGGCGGAGUUUAGUUAUUGGUUUCAUAUCAAGAAGAUCAGUGAUCGUUGCCGACAUCGUAGAAUAUUCAUUACGUAUUUUAUUCGCAAGAUAUAAAAUUGUAUCAAUCGUUUUAAAAUUUAAUCGUAGUUUCCAUAAUAUGAACUUCUGUGUCUGCGUAACCUAUUAAUGUUCGAAAAAUUAUUAUGGAGCAAUAUCGCAAUACUUCAACAACUUGUCCUUAAGUAGAUUUGGCUGCUGACUAUAUUUUUUGUACCUAUUAUGCUUUUAACUUUAUUGUUUAAUAUUCCUCAUAUUCUGUACGUAAUGUAGCACAUAAUCGUUGGUGAAAGUAUAAUUUACUUUUCGUAAAGAGCAAUAAUUCCACAAUUUAAUUAUUACUUGUAUUGUGUAGUAUAGUGAUUCCUUGUAUACAUGUUCUAUAUUUUUCCCAGUUUACAUAGUGGUAUCUAAAUAUUUGUAAAUAACACUUAUUGGUCUACGCGUAGGUGUAAAAAUAAUCAAAAGAAUAUCCGCAUUAAAUGCAGUUGGCUGAUUAAGUUCGAGUAUUAUGUACUUUUAAUUUGAAAAUGUAAGGCCUCCGACUCGAUGACAAAAUGUACUUAUCUGUACGAUACACUGUCCGUGUAGUUAUGUAAUGUACAAAAUUUAUGUAUUUGAUGUCCAAAUUGACAAAGUAAAUUUUAAAGCGACCACGAACGUCACGAGGGUGAGGUCAUUUUGGAAACCUGGUUUGCCAUUGCCAACCGUGUUCAAACUCAGACAUUGUUGUAUUUAGCUCAUAAACGUUGUCGCGAUAAAAUAAAGGGGGCUUUCUAGAUAGUCGUCAGCAGAGUUUAUUUUCCAUGUUGACAAGGUUGUCGACCAUCAUGUACUUUUCCUUACAAAGGAUGUUCUUCUUUUUCUAGAGUCUUCUCAGUCCUUUUUAGUCACAAAGUGGCACUAGUUUUCUAAGGCACGUCAAAGACAUGUGCCUUGUAACUGGUAGGACCGAAGCGAUGAUUUUAAGAAUAAUAAUUACACGUUACCUCGCGUGAAGCCCCCUGUACAAAAGCGGUUCUGGGCUCAAUCACCAGGAUGUCGCUUAUUUAUAAAACUAUACUUCCAUGUUACGUGGAACGGAUAAUGCUAAUAAAAUGAUUUGUUUUAGAAUCGUUACUAGUUAAUUAAAAACACCUUGUCUUCUACUCUUCAUAAGUUGUCACUUCGGAACUGAAUUAAAUUCAUGAGUAAAUUAGAGUAAAAAUUUUUAUGAAUAUUGUCAAUGUAUUUGAAAGUGUUAUCGUACUCACAUUGAGGCAUGCAGUGUUGGUGUUGUCUUUUACCCUUUUGCGGAGAGAACUAACAUUAGGCUAUAAUAAAAUAUACAUUUUAUAGUACGGCGGUCGGUACGCAUUGGGUUGGUCGGCAGGCACUGCUAGUAGCAUGCUCUUUCCAAGGACUAAAAUUUGUCAAAUUAUGGUUGUAAUCUUUUGGACUUGAUCAAUAGUUUACCAAACUAACAAUUACCUAAAAUAAUGAAAUACAUUUACCAUCUACAAGUACAGAACUACAGUUGGCACUAAGUAUAAACUGUAGUAAUUAACAUGUUUUGUGACAUCCAACCGAGUGUAGGCUCAUACCGAACAGUCCUUUCUUCCUUAGAGCUACAACUAGUGAUUGACUGGACCAGUGCAGGCCGCCUACAUAUAGUCAAAUUGUUCCAUGCAGCCUUUGCCUAGCACUUCUUGUAGGAAUGAUAAAUGAAGCAAUAAGUGUACUGAUGUUUGUAAUCUUAAAUGUUAAAUGUUUCGAUUAUUAUAUGGAAAA